AUGGCGAUGGAGUACGAUGAAUACGAUUACGAUGCCUACGAGGAGGACGACAAUACCAUUACCCCCGAAGAUUGCUGGACUGUAAUCUCCUCCUUCUUCGAGUCCAAGGGUCUGGUGUCGCAACAAGUCGAUUCGUUCGACGAAUUUACCACCUCGACCGUGCAAGAACUCAUCGAUGAAUACUCGCAAAUCACACUCGACCAACCGAAUCCUGCGUCCGACGACGAUAGGGUGAUUGCCCUCCGACGAUAUGAGGUCAAGUUCGGCACCGUCAUGGUCUCGCGACCCUCCAUCACCGAAGCCGACGGAAAGGUCUCCACGCUCCUUCCCUACGAGUGCCGCGACCGAAAUCUUACCUAUGCGAGUCCUCUCUACGUUCGGAUAACCAAGAAAGUCUCCGUCGCCGUCGAAAAUCAGAUUCCACUCAACGAACUGGAUGAGGAGCAACAAGAGGAGAUGGCACGGACUGGCGAACAUCCAACUCGCUUGGAAUGGGAGGAAGAGGAGAGUGGCGAUGACCCGGCCGCCGAUAAAGAGAAGCCGGAGGAUAUGAAGGACAUGAUCUUCAUCGGCCGGCUGCCCAUCAUGGUCAAGUCCAAGAUCUGCCACUUGAGUCGUGAAUCCGAAAACGACCUCUUCAUGCUCAACGAGUGCCCUUACGACCAGGGCGGGUACUUCAUCAUCAACGGUAGCGAGAAGGUCCUCAUCGCACAGGAACGGUCGGCUGCCAACAUCGUCCAGGUCUUCAAGAAGGCCCAGCCCAGCCCCUACUCGUAUACCGCCGAGAUCCGCAGCGCUCUCGAGAAGGGCUCUCGUCUUAUUUCGAGCCUGAUGCUCAAGCUUCACGGCAAGGGCGGAUUCUCCCGAGGAAGCGUCGGCCAGACUAUUCACUGUACGCUACCCUACGUCAAGGUCGACAUUCCGAUCGGCAUCGUCUUCCGUGCCUUGGGCAUCGUUUCCGAUGAGGAUAUUCUCAAUCACAUCUGCUACGACAGAAACGACACGCAGAUGCUCGAAAUGCUUCGACCCUGUAUAGAGGAGGCCUUCAUCGUGCAAGAUAGGAACGUUGCACUUGAUUGGAUCGGAAAGCGAGGCAAUGCCAACCAUACCAUGACAAGGGAGAAGCGUGUGCGAAGUGCGAAGGAUAUCUUGCAGAAGGAGACGCUGCCGCACAUUUCGCAGAGCGAGGGAAGUGAGACCAGGAAGGCCUUCUUCCUAGGUUACAUGACACACAAGCUGCUUCAAUGCGCCUUGGGGAGACGCGACACGGACGACCGGGAUCACUUCGGCAAGAAGCGUUUGGAUCUAGCAGGUCCCCUUUUGGCCAAGCUCUUCCGCAACAUUGUCCGUCGCAUGAACCAGGAGCUGUCCGGCUAUCUCAAGCGAUGCGUCGAGUCCAACAGACAGUUUAGCUUGACUCUUGGCAUCAAGCCACAGACUCUAUCCAACGGCCUCAAGUACUCGCUGGCCACGGGCAAUUGGGGAGACCAGAAGAAGGCCAUGAGCUCUACGGCCGGCGUGUCCCAGGUGCUCAACAGGUAUACAUUUGCAUCCACACUCUCCCACUUGCGGCGUACCAACACGCCGAUCGGGCGAGAUGGCAAGCUCGCGAAACCGCGGCAGCUGCAUAACACCCACUGGGGACUGGUAUGUCCUGCCGAGACGCCAGAAGGACAGGCCUGCGGUCUCGUCAAGAACUUGUCUCUUAUGUGCUACGUCAGUGUCGGCACACCAGCGGAACCUAUCAUCGACUACAUGAUCCAGCGCGGUAUGGAGGUAUUGGAGGAAUACGAGCCACUGAGGUAUCCGAACGCGACAAAGGUGUUCCUGAACGGCGUCUGGGUCGGUGUCCAUCAGGACCCCAGGGUGCUCGUGCCCGACGUCCAGGGCACUCGUCGACGCAAUGUCAUUUCACACGAAGUUUCUUUGGUUCGCGAUAUAAGAGAUCGCGAGUUCAAGAUCUUCUCGGACGCCGGACGUGUCAUGCGGCCGGUCUUCGUCGUCGAGCAAACCCCCCACGGCACCGUUCCCCAAGGCUCCCUUGUUCUGCAGAAAUCCUUGGUCAAUGAGAUGCGAGAGCAGCAGGAGAACCCGCCUGAUGACCCGUCGCAGAAAAUCACCUGGCAGACGCUGGCUCAUAGUGGUGUCAUCGAGUAUCUCGACGCCGAAGAAGAAGAGACGGCUAUGAUUUGUAUGACGCCGGAAGACUUGGAGCUUUACCGACUGCGCAAGGCAGGCCACGACGUCGACGAGGAUACGGGCGACGGUCCCAACAGCCGUCUGCGGACCAAGAUUGCGAGGACGACGCACAUGUAUACGCAUUGCGAAAUCCAUCCCAGCAUGAUCCUGGGUAUUUGCGCCAGCAUCAUUCCUUUCCCGGAUCAUAAUCAGUCUCCUCGUAACACGUACCAAUCCGCAAUGGGCAAGCAAGCCAUGGGCUUUUUCCUCACGAACUACUCCCGGAGAAUGGACACGAUGGCCAAUAUUCUGUACUACCCGCAAAAGCCUUUGGCCACGACGAGAUCCAUGGAGUUCCUCAAGUUCCGAGAGCUUCCUGCUGGUCAAAAUGCUAUCGUCGCUAUCGCGUGUUACUCAGGUUACAACCAGGAAGACUCGGUUAUUAUGAACCAGAGCAGUAUCGAUCGUGGCCUUUUCCGCAGCUUAUUCUUUCGAUCCUAUACCGAUUGCGAAAAGCGCGUGGGCAUCAACCUUGUCGAGCAGUUUGAGAAGCCGUUCAGAAAUGACACGCUGCGUCUCAAGCACGGCACGUACGACAAACUUGACGAUGACGGCAUCGUCGCGCCUGGUGUGCGCGUUUCCGGCGAGGACAUCAUCAUCGGCAAGACUUCGCCGAUCAACCCCGAUAACCAGGAGUUGGGCCAGCGCACGACGCAGCACGUCAAGCGUGAUGCGUCGACCCCACUGCGAAGCACGGAGAACGGCAUCGUGGACUCGGUUAUUCUGACAACGAACCAGGACGGUCUGCGAUACGUCAAGGUACGUGUUCGGACCACCAAGGUCCCGCAGAUUGGCGACAAGUUCGCUUCGCGUCACGGUCAGAAAGGUACCAUCGGCGUGACGUACCGUCAGGAGGACAUGCCGUUCACUGCGGAGGGCAUUACGCCCGACAUCAUCAUCAACCCGCACGCCAUUCCGUCGCGUAUGACCAUUGCUCACUUGAUCGAGUGUCUUCUCAGCAAGGUCUCGACUCUGAAGGGCAUGGAGGGCGAUGCCACGCCGUUCACGGACGUCACGGUCGACUCGGUAUCCCAGCUGCUUCGCGACCAGGGGUACCAGUCGAGAGGGUUCGAGAUCAUGUACAACGGCUAUACGGGCAAGAAGCUGCGGGCGCAGGUCUUCUUCGGGCCGACGUACUACCAGCGCCUGCGCCACAUGGUCGACGACAAGAUCCAUGCUCGUGCCCGCGGUCCCGUGCAGAUCAUGACGAGACAGCCGGUCGAGGGUCGUGCGCGUGACGGUGGUCUCCGUUUCGGAGAGAUGGAGCGCGAUUGUAUGAUUGCGCAUGGUGCGGCUGCCUUCCUCAAGGAGAGACUUUUCGAGGUCUCGGACGCGUUCCGCGUCCACGUUUGCGAGAUUUGCGGGUUGAUGACACCCAUCGCAAACUUGUCGAAGCAGUCAUUCGAGUGCCGGCCUUGUAAAAACAAGACCAAGAUUGCCCAGAUCCACAUCCCGUACGCGGCCAAGCUUCUAUUCCAGGAGCUUCAGUCGAUGAACAUCGCGGCUCGGAUGUUCACCGACCGAUCCGGUGUGAGCAUCCGCUAG